AUAUUCUUGAGUGGAAUUUUCUAGAUAUAAACAGACGAUGAUUUAUCAAUCAAUUGAGAAAGAUUAUCUACCGAUACUAUUAAUAUUUAAUAGUCGAAGGGAAGAGGCCGUAGGGCCAAGACAAUAACGAAAGUUUCUUUCGUUUAAUUGUUCAUUUCAAUUGGACAUUUACAUUCAGUCUUUGUUACUUAAUCCUAGUAUUAAAUGUUUUCGCUGUUCAAAGAUAAAGCAUAUACCUUGUCAAUCUCAAUUGUCUCUCCUUCAGCUUAACUCCUCCUCUAAAAUUUAUGACCAAUAACUAGCCACUGGUCACUUUGAAAAUUUUCGGUUUCUCUUUCCUAAUGUUGCCACCGCUGACCACAUUUAUUUACUCGCUGCUGUUAAAAAGUUUCUAUCUUGUGAUUAUAAUGGAACCAAAUGCAAAUAUUAAUAAAUCUCUAAUGAAAGAACAAUUUAUCAAUAAUGGCAAAGGUGAAUAUGUUAAGCUUAAUGUUGGCGGAAGUUUAUUUCAAACUACAAUCUUUACACUAACACGAGUCGAUUGUAUGUUGAGAGCCAUGUUUUCGGGACAACUACCUGUUCAGAAGGAUCAAGAAGGUUGGGUUAUGAUCGAUAGAAACGGAAAACACUUCGCUAAAAUAUUGGAUUUUCUUAGAAAUAAUUCAGUUAGAUUACCGGAUAAUGCUGAUGAAGUUGAAGAGUUAUUGACUGAAUCGAUUUACUAUUCGAUUAAAGAGCUUGUUGGUUUAUGCGAAUCAAAGUUAAAACUAUUGGAAAAAAGUGAUCAACUAGUUUAUAUUAUAUCAGCUGAAGAUGAUGCAGCAUUGAUCAUUGAAAAUUCACCGAAACCUGUUGUUCUAUUUACGAUUUUUCAGUAUGAUAAGUACGCCGAUUCCUUUAAUAUGGCACAACUAUUAAAUAAUGUGAAAUUAUUUGAUAAUUUGUGCAUCAGAUUAAAUGGUCGAUUCAAAUUCGUUAAAAAAGUGGCUGAAAAUACAGUUUGUUGUAGGUGGACAUUGUACGAACAUGGUAAAAAAGUCUGUGAUAUUAAUUGUAUUGGAUCAGAAGGUGGUAGGAUUGGAUUUCCACAAAGCGAAAUAUAUUGGACAGUCAUAAAAUUACUCACGAAUAAGCAUUAAGACCAAAGGAAACGAUUAUGGAUGGUCUUGUUUAGCUCCACUUUUAUUGAUAAAACAAAUUGUAUCUCAGGUCAAAAUUCUUGUUCUACUCAAUAAAUAUUUUCGCACUUUUUAAACUCGCGAUUUUCGGA